AUGCUGAAAGCGCUGGACCUCAGGGGCCUCCUCAGCCUCGGGGUCUUCAGCCUCCUCGCGCCGCGGUCUGCCGCCGCGCGGUCGUCCGCGCGGCCUGUGGCGCUGCCAGCGGCGCUCCCCGCGCUGGAGCCACUGCAGUGCCCCCAUGGACCAUGGAACGCACCAGGAGCCAAAGGCGAUGGGGAAGCUCCGCCCUGGCCGGGCGCCGAGCUCUUUUGGCGGCAGAUUCUGGCGUCGGUGAUGCAAGGUAUGGACUUGACACGCAUGGGAGAUGCACCAGCAGCGCGGCACUUGCUGGCAGAGGCUCUGCUGGCGGCCACCGGGUCCUUAGCGCCGGAGCCCCGCCUGGGCUUCACCUGCUCUCUAGGCGUGGCGGCGCUCUACCGAGUCUUAGCCCUCAUCAGCCUCAAGGCCGACCCUCCUGACUCCGUCGGUGGGGGGCACCGCCUGGCACUGCGAUACCAACACCUGGCCACGGUUUGGGUGACCCACGUUUGGGAGAAGUACGCGCGCCGGGAGGAUGGUGGCGGGCCUGGGGAGGGCUGGGCCUGGUACGACCGCUCCUACAUCGAUAGCUCGGCUUGGCCCAUUGGCUUACAGGAGUUGAACGUUGAGAUGCACUCGGUGCAGCAGGCCCUGGCGAAGGAGUUGGUGCCCAGGCAACCGCAGCUUCCACACAGCUUUCGUGAUCCCAAGCUGUCGAUUGGCAUCGCAAGCGUCUGCGCCUAUCCAUCAGAUAACCCCUUACCACGCUUGGCCUCGUCCAACCAUCGCACCUAUGCGAAGCUUCAUGGCUAUCGAUAUCGCCUGCAGUCGGAGAUCGUGGCGCCCGAGCGACCGCCGGCCUGGGGAAAGGUGCGGCUGUUGCAACAGCUUUUGGAGGAGGAGCCAGAUGUGGACUGGUGGUUGUGGUUUGAUUGUGACACCUUCUUCAUGAACAUGACGGUGACCAUCGACUCGCUGCUCUGGCGUUACGGGGCCACCAACGAGGAUGUGCACUUCCUCGCCGCUGAGGAUGCGGCCAUGUUGAACACCGGCAGCUUCCUGCUGCGCGGCUCUGACUGGAGCAAGCAGUUCCUCCAGCGGGUCUGGGGCACCGAGGACUCCGUUUGGAUCCGGCACCCUUGGUGGGAAAACGCUGCCAUCAUUUGGGACUUGCUGCGCGGCCUCUCCGAGCGCUUCCGCCAGGGCGUGGGGCCGAGUGCCAGCAUUUAUCCAGAGGAGGUGCGAAUCCUGCCACAGUUUGAGAUGAAUUCCUACCAUCCCGCCACUGCGCAGUCCCUGCACGACGCCUGGGCGCCCGGGAAGUUCGUGCUGGCCUUCAACGGCGUGCUCUCCAACACCAGCGCCUGGGCGGAGAGAGUUGACGCGCCGGGGCGGGGCGGAGGUGGAGGCACCCGGGCUCUCCAGUCCAACGGGGGUCCAACGGGGUUGAAUGGGUCCAACGGUACGGGAAGAAGGAAGCGAUCUGGAGCAGACUGA